GUUUGACGACCGCUCGACAUAAAUUUCGCCGACAAUGCUUGAUUUCUGGAUUCGGGUCUCAGUCUUGUUAAAGCGCUUGCUCAGGACGUGUUUAUCUCACUUAAUUCUCUGCUUGGAGUACGGCCUGUACAGGGUCUGGCUGCUGAUCUACAACGAGCCCGAUGACACGGAUGUGGUGCUCUUUAAUGAGCUGCCCCUAAGGCAUCGUCAAAUCUCUCGCCACAUAUCGCACAAUUGUCCCAAGCCAUUCUGCGAACUGUGCCGCGUGGAACGAAUCGUUAUGUAUAUGGAACGGGCGAAGGUCUCCAUUGACAUCGCAAUGCUGACAAUCUCGCACAGCUCGUUCUACAGCGCCAUCGAUGCCGCGCGGCUGAGGGGCAUUCAGGUACGCCUGAUCACCGACUCGCAGAUGAUCUUUGCGCAGGGCUCAGUGGUGAAGAAGUUGGUGGCUGCCGGGCUUCCGGCGCGCCGUUCUCCGCCGGACGUGAUACUGCAUAACAAGUUCUGCAUCAUCGAUGGGGAGCAGCGCGUGUUCGAGCUGGACCAGCAGCAGCGGCGCUGGCACCACCGGCUSUGGUACCGCAGGGGCUACGUSCUGAAUGGUUCGCUCAACUGGACCAAACUGGGCACUGUCAACAACUUCGAGAAUGUGGUCAUCACCUCCAAUCGGGUUAUCAUCGCACUCUACGAGAACUUGUUCAAUGAUAUGUGGAAGCAUUUUCCAGUUCUCGACUUGGAAGCCUUCGACUCGAUACCAACGACACCGUUCGAUUUUGAACAUAAUGAAUGGCCUUGCAAGCAAUUUGAUAGAAGUCUGAACUAAAGUCACGUCUGCAACUGCAAGUCUUGUGUUUUUAUUAUCUUGUUAUUUGAAUGCAUUCUUGGGGGCGUCGUGUUGUUAUUUCUCCUCAUCCUCCUCUUCUUUUUUUUACCAUUCCUCUCAGCUGCAGCAAAAAGUUUUCUUCGCAAGUUUCGUUGCUGCCUCGUCUUCUGGCUACACAUCAUGCGGGAAUUGCAGCAGUUAACCAAGUUAACAAAUCCACCUUCUUUCCUUUUUUCGCAUUGUUUCAGAGUCUUGAUUACGCUUUGGUUGCUCAUAAAUUUGUAUUCCAGCGUAAGCAAAAAAAGAAAAAAAAA